AUGUCGCUCAACCUUUCAGAUCCUGCCAUCUUGCACGCCAGAGAUCAAAUAUUGUCAGAGGACGAUCCUACCAGCUGGCUGCUCUUGCACUAUGCCCCCACUACCACCAACAUCCUCGAGCUGCUAUCCAAGGGACAAGACCCCGUGAUUCCCCAAUGGCACGAGACCAUCUCUGCCAGCGAAGGAGAGGUCGUAUUUGGCUAUGGAGAAGUGGGAAGAAAAGGUGCAGUAUUAUCAUAUUUGCCUGAUACCGUCGGGGGUGUUAGAAGAGGUAAUUCUUUCCUCGAAAUGCUCAAAAUUCCAACCCUCAGUUCUAGAAGUAUUGACUAUACAGCUUUGCUCAGUAUUUCUCAACCGUCUCAACUCACCGAAGAACUGGUCGCCGACAAGCUUGGCCUGCACAAUACCGACAUGCACAGUUUCACAGCUAUGAACCCUCAACCUACGGCCACACCCCAUCCUGCUCAUACCGACAUUCCAUCCCAACCAGUCAACGCCUCUCAACUUAUUCCCAAUGAAACGACUCAUGCCUCGCCAGCAAAUGAAACUGCUUCACCACCGGCCCAAGAAACUACUCCCUCGCCACAAGAUACCAUCGAGAACCUAAACCAGCCCUCUAGUCCCCUUGACAAUGGUCAAGUUCAAUCCGCCGACCCUUCAGUCAGAUUCGCUCCACCUAAUCAAGAUGGAGACGAUAGCGUCGUCAACGGUACCAGCGCGAGUGAUAUCGAACGACGAGCGUCCGACUUUCCCACACCACCAGAAUCCGCCCCUUUGUCAAGUAGCGUCAGUCGCGACAGCGAUCUACACCCCGGACCUAAAACCAGGGAAAUCAUUGAUCUCACCAGUCCAACUCCUCUCCGUCAUCCUCCAAACACCAUCCACGACCUUGGUUCUAACCCACCCAGUCCACCAGCGCUGGCACCGCCUUUGAAGAUCUCUCCUGCAGGGCCUCCACACAAGGGCGACCGUCGAUCCCGCAAAGCAUCUCUCACAGCUAGACUGGGUCUUGAAAAUGCCUUUUCACGGUCGAAAGAUCAACAUUCGCCAAGAUCCGUCUCUUCCCCUGCUACGCCAGGUUCACCAAAAUUUUCCCACACAGAAGGGAACGGAAAAGCACACAUUGCCGAACCGAGUUCUCCUGGAAGUAGUAGGCUCAGACCUUCCGCUUUAGUCAAAGCGUUUCAUCGUCGUCGUUCUUCCGCUUCUGGAUCGAGUAGUCUUCCUAAUAGUCCUCAAGCUGAUGGUUUUUCACCUCCACCGUUACCUCCCAAAGAUUAUCCCACACCACCUUCGUCGAAUCGAAACCAAUUCGCCAGCUCAAAUAAGGAAGGUAAUCUACUCCAUCCGGGUGGUGGAUUGAGACCUAUACCUUCUGCCGAAAGCGUCGAUACGUCUUAUCCCUCAUCAGCGCCUGAAACGCACAUGUCACCAACUCCGAGUGCUCAACAGGCUCUACAUGCUGCUGUAGAAAAGAGAAUGCACGAGGAACAAGAAGUGCAAGAACGGUUCAGAAAAGAUUUGGAGGCUAUGCAGAAAGAGGGGGAGAGGACUAGAUUACAUUCAAUGGGAAGUAAUAGGGAUGCGAUGGUGAUAAUGGGGAAAGAGGAUGAUGAGGACAGUGUGAGGUUGGCAUAUGACGAAAGUGACCCUGAAGAGGAAGUGGGUCAAGUGAAUCAAGAUCGGAACAUGUCAGGUCAAGUCGAAGAUUCAAAUGCGACUCAUGGUCCAACCAAUCAUGUCUCGGAUGGUGUGGGAGAGAGCGUCACUUCUGACAUACUUGCCCAAGAUCACGCACACGACAAUACCGCCGAUCAUGAGGAAGAAAACUUGAGAGCGCAUCAAGAAGAAUGGAUGAGGGCAGAGGAAGAACAGCGAAUGAAAGCGGAGGCAGAGGCGAGGGUCAAGGUUGAAGAGGAGAGAAGGUUUAGGGAAGAUCAAGAACGAUUGAGAGCGGAAGAACGUCUUCGUAGAGCCGAGGAGGAAAGGUUAGCGAAGCUGAGAGAGGACGAAGAGAUGGAUAGACGGAGGAAAGUAGAAGAUGAGAGGUUGAGAGUGGAAAAGGAGGCAGAGGCGGAAAGAAUGAGAGUCGAAAUGCAAGCAGAGAGGGAAAGAUCGAAGAAAGAGGAACAAGAGGCGGAAAAGAGAAGGGUGGAGGAGGUAGCAGAAGCUGAAAAGAGACGGAAAGAGGAGUUGUUACAACAGUUGGAGAGAGCUAAAGUGGAGGGAGGAGUGAUGUUGAGUGGGUGGUUGACCGUGCAAUCUCCUUCAAGCUCAAUCUGGCGUCGGAGAUGGUUUAGACUGCUGGCAAGAGAAUUGGUUCUUUUCAAAUCGCAAUCUGUAUGUCAAUCCCUCCUGCCUCUCCCCUCUAUAAUGAGAAUUGCCUGUCAAGUCCACUACGCCCAUGACCAUCUUCGACCAUUGGACAUGAUCCCGGCUAGAGGAGAUGAAAUCGACCGUGAGGUAAAAACUGAUGAAAAGGAUGAGAAACCCAUCUUGAUCAUUUCCCUGAUCGGAGCCAAGAUCUCUCAGAUCUACGAGGAAUCUCAAAUCCAAGAUAGUUUCAAGUUGAGUUGUGAUGGUAAAGAUUAUUUCCUCUUCACCGACUCUCGCGAAGACAAAGACCUGGUCUUACAAGCUCUUGCCAUUGCCUUAUCUUGA